CCCUUAAAGUCAUGUGAUCAAAAUAUGGUGGCCUCACACAUCCCUGCCCCUUAAAUUAAACAUAAACAACAAGAUUUUGUUUUUAUUUGCUAAUAAAACAUGUUUAUAAAGCUUUCCUUUUUUAAUGUGUGAGUAACUAGAUCUAUAUUCUAUAUAGAUCCGGAAAAUGCAAUCAACGGACUUUUUCUGUGUUGUAAAAAAUCCAUUCAAUUUACAAACUUUUCAGAGACGUCUGCGUCAUUUACACAGUAUAGCUGUACGUAAUUUAUACUGCCCCAAGUAUCAUGACAGUGAUUUCAGACAUCUGGAAGUAUUUUUCACACUCCAUACAGACGAAAAGUCAAAAGCAUUUUAUACAAGCGAGAAAAUUACAGGCUCUUUGAAUCCAACCUGGCAAAAUUUCGAUUUACAAAGAUGUGACACAGAUGUUGACAAGACUGCAAAAUUUGUGGUCUUAAAAAUAUGGAUCUCUUAUGAGAAAGUCUGUAAGAUUGCAUUGCUUGCUCAUGUUUAUCUAACAGGUCUAGUCUUCUAUUCCAAUAAGCUUCAGGUCCCUGGAGUUAAAUAUCCCCCAAAUACUCUUUUGUUUGGUAUGUUUAAUAACAUAUUCAUCUACUAUGAUAAACAAGCCUCAAGUCCACAACUGGAUCAAUGGAUACCAGACAAGGAAGUACCAUUGGAUAAUUUACCUGCUGUGGUCAAGGUGGAUCAAUCAAGUCAAAAGCCUUCAUUUAAUAUCAACUCUCUCACCAGAAUUCACACAGUCCAGAGGGCCAUCAGACAAACUAGGGCCUCAGUAAGACGAAUACAUUCUGAUAUUGAAGAUAAAUUGAUGUCCUCCAGUGAAAACUCUGAAAAGUUACUGUCAAGAGAAGUGUUACUCGUGAAAGUUCGGCAACUUAGAAAGGAACUUCUCUGGCAAACACAGCAGAAACAGUUGGAACAAGAUGCGCUGGACCAAUACAGGACACAGCAAGAGAGUCGAUGUAAGUUGUUGAAAGAGAAAAAAGAUCAACUCUCCAAAACAGAGAAGGAUGCAGAAGAAAAAAGAAUGCAACAUAUACAGUCUCGAGAAAUGCUAGUCAAAGAGAAUGCUCAGGUCUUGUUUCGUAGAAAACAAAUCAUAAGUGAAAUGGUGCAUUACAUUUACCCAAUUACUGAGGAUGAAAAACAUAAUUUCUACAUUAAUGGUGUCAAACUUCCAAAUGCUGAAGAUUAUCAAGGACAAGAUGAAGUUCGGGUUUCUGUGGCGCUGGGUUUCACUUGCCACCUGACAACGAUGGUAUCUCAUUUCAUGGACAUGCCACUGCGGUAUCCCAUGGUGCAUAAAGGCUCUCGCUCCAUCAUCAUCGACCAUGUGCACAGUAAGCUGACAGAGAAAGACAGAGAAUUCCCACUGUAUGGCAAAGGCAAAGAAAAGUUUCAGUACAAUUAUGCUGUGUUUCUGCUCAAUAAAAAUAUUAGCCAGUUAAGAUUUUAUUGUGGUCUUGGCACCACUGACCUACGGCAGACCUUACCCAACCUCAAGUCAUUACUGGAACAGAGACUUGGUGUUCGCUUGAGUCCUUCACUAGACCAGCGUGGACUAGGAUUGCAGUCUCCUCAGACCAACAGUAUUGGAGAGUCACCUGCCAGCCGCAGAAGUCAAGCUCCAAGUAGCAGUGCUUCUAGCAACAUGAGGAAAGACUUGACAUUGGAAGCGGACACCACAGAUGGAUUGCCAAGACCCCCAGUGUUAGAUGUGUCCCUGUAUAAAAGAGAAAACAGUUUUAUGAAUUUCGACAGCAGUGCUUUCAGUUCGUCACUUGACUUGGGCUAUUCUGACCAGCAGAUUGAUAGCAAAGUUUUUAAACCACGUAUGGAUUUCUCUGAUGGGUUUCAUUCUAAAUCUAUAAAUGGAUUUAAGGAGCCCAAUUCUGAUUUUGCCAGAAAUGCAAGUCAGGUUGGAAGAACUAUCAGUGAAGAAGAUGAAACUGAAGAACUUUUCCAGCCAUCAGAUGACCACUUCUUUAAGGUGAUCAAUCAGCCUGUGGUGGAAGAGUUCAACAAGCUCUUAAGUGACCGCCUGAACCACUCUGGCGAACUUGGUGACAGUCUCCACCCAGGGUCAUCCGCAAAGGCCAACACUUCAUCAUCUUCACUGCUUAGCGGUGACCAAGUGACAAGUUUCAAACUUAUUAAGCACCCCCCUCCACAGCAGAAACUUUCUGCUUCUCCGAAUGGAUCAUCAAGUCCUCGAGGUGACACCUGCGAAUCCGACCAAGAGCUAGUACAUUCUGAUGAGAGACAAAGGUCAGUGCUAAGUGUGUCUGCGGCAACCAAUGACAAUCUGUACACACAAAGUUUAUCUUAUGAUGAGGGUGACCUCUGUGAGGCGCCUGAUAGGACAGUCGAUUGAAUUUGGAAACAAUUUUUGUAAUGUGAUUAUUUAAGAAUUUCAUUAUUGGGUCCUGGUAUUUAAGUUAUUACACCACAACACAAAAUUGUUGGGAUUUUUCAGAAACCAUUUUUAACAUUCAUAAGUCCUGACUGAUGUGAAGUACUGGAUAUUAUGUGGAUAACUUACAACACCUGCUGCUUUGGAUUACUUACAUUGAAAUCAUUUUUUGAUUUUUUUAAUGAGAACUGCAUUAGGUGAUGCGGUAUAUAUAAAUGUACUUUCUUAAAACAACAACAAGCUUGGUUACAAAUGAAAAUAGUUUUAAACAUCAGGUUUCCACUUAAAGUACUUGACCUCAUUAUUUUUACAUAAUCAUUACAAGAUAAGAAGGUUUCCAGUUAAAGGUUUUCAAUACAAUGGAUGCUAUGGAUAAACUGACAAGGGCCCAAAGAAUUCCCAGUGUAAAUAAAUCAACUGACAGCAUUAUAACUUUGUGUCAGGUUCACAGGUCACAAAACUUAAGGUGAUAUAAUCCAUUAUAAAUUUCAUUGUCAUUUCCACUUAUUUAUUGUUUUAAUCGCUAGCUUUUGAAUGUGCUUUUUUUUUUUUGUCAAUGGGAUGGUGCUUUCAGUGUCGUAGCUAGGCAACCUGACCAAGUGGGUAAACUCUCGGCUCAGAAUUAUUCAAACCCUCAAUGUUAAGACGACACUUCACUCAAACAUAAUUUUGCAAAAUAUUUGUGAUACCUGGACCAGGAAGAUGAUGUAAAAUAAACUUCUUUUUUUGUUUCGUUUGUUUCCAUGUUUGAACUAUUUUCACUGUAUUUUUUUUCCUUCACUUUUCUCAAAUAGCGAUCACAUUUAAAGAGCUAAAUUUCACUGAGACUUUUGUCAGUUUUGGUGAACUUGCAAGAAUGAUUCUGGAUAUUGGUUUGUAUCAAAAGAGUUUUUAGAAUCUUUUGCAUUCAGUUUGUGUAAGUUAGAUCGAAAAUUGUGAAAAGAACUAACCAUUGAAUCUUUUUCUUUGAGAUUUAUCAUUUUUAGACAAAUAUUUGUAUUCAAAGUCAAUAUUAUGCCAGUGGACAAUUUCAUAGCACAAGGAUAGGCCUGUUUAGUCUUAUGAGAAGUUGCAAAGGAAGAUUUUCUUUAGAAACAUAAAUUUGUCACAGAGUAAAAUUUAGAUUAUUUUUCUUAAACAAAAUGAAAAAUGUGUAUUGCUUUUCUGUAUGGGGGCUGGGAUAUUGAAUGUCAACAAAAGCUUACAAUCAGAGUAUCAGUAUUAGACAAGAACAAUACAUAGGGAACAAUUCACAAAUAGCGUAGAAUCUAUGUAGUCCUUGUCGCUUGCUGUUCUAAAGUCAGAUACUAAAAGAGAUAGAAGGAAAUUCUUGGUACUUGUGGCUUGUUCAGGCAACACAUAAAAUUUGAAUUAUUCAUGGAGCUGGAAAGAAAGAGAACUUUUAAUAUAAUGCAGUUGUCCUAGCCAAAAGAUUUAUGUAUUAAAUGUUGAUAACAAUGAACCAAUCAAGGGACUUGUUGUUGCUUCCAAUUAUUCGUCUAUUGGUUUUAUAUUUUGUUUUUGUUAGUGUGUAACACCUUCAAAAAAAAAGUUUGCAACCAGUAAAUUUGUUUAGUAGUACCGGUAGUCAAGAAAAGUUGUUUAAAACUCACUUUAAGUGAGAGAAAGUUUUAAUAACUAUAAAUACAAAUCUGCCUCCUAAGUAGAAAUAUCUACUGUAGUGUUGGUUUAUACAAAUGUGCUAAGUUCUGAAUCAACAAACGAUGCAUACCUAUUACAAGUAUAAGCCUAUAAUGAAAACAGGCUCGAAACUGUGACCCUCUGGAUCGACAACUCUGCCGAGCAGCAACACAGUGCUAAGCAAAGUAACCUCUAGAUCAUGGAGAUGUUAAAACAAACAUCUUUCUGAUCAGACUCCUUUUUGUUAUAUUAAUAUUUAAUUCACUCUUUUCUCUCAUUAAAAAUGUGGUCCCUAGUGCUGCCUUUAUGUAUGUACUAUGUAUGUAGUUCAGUUAGCACACAUUUUAUAUUGAACCACAUUAUACUUCUUUUCAUUCUUUCACUGAGUAUUGAGGGAUCUUAGUACCAUCUUUUUGGUAGUUAAGAAUAGUCUCUGGUGUUGGUAAAGUUUUACAACCAAAUGGAAAUGUUGGCCUUACAGCUUUGUGUUUUCACCUUUUUUAACUAUAAAAUUACUUUUUUUCCAAAAUGUUACUUGGUGUCAAGUGUAUUGUUUGCCUAUCUAUAAAUAGAUCCUCCUCCUAUUGUGUUUGUCUUGACUAUUUUUCAGAAGCAGACUCAAGCCUGUAUAUACUCUACAUUGCUUUUAUUUUACAAUAUAAUAUCAAACAAAUCUGUGAGGAACAAAACCUAUUUUGUUGUGUAAAGAGAAGAUUUCCCCAAGCUAACAAAGUGGAUGUCUUGUAUAUCAUCCAUAUUUUUUUACCAGAUAGUCACAUAUUAUGUAUUUCUUAGCAUAGAAAAAGGGAGAUUAAUAACACAUUUUGAAUAAGCUCCAUAACUUUCCUUGCUUCAGGUUUGUUUUUUUGAUUCUUAACAAAAGUUUGGAUAGUACUAACUGAGAGCAUGAGAACAAUUUACAAACAAACAAAAAGCAGUUGUUAGGAGUUGACCUAAAAUUAGCCAAGGUGUAACCCUGGCAAUAGUCUACAUUUAUUGUUUGUUUUCAAUACAUGAUUUGAUUAGCUGUUUGUCAAGCCCACAUGGAACCUAACAAAUUUGAUUAUCAAGACAUGGGGCUUUUUAUUUCAAUCCCCCCCCCCCCCCCCCCCAAUUUUUUUCCUUUUAGGUUUAUCUUGACAGAGCCUUUACUAAGAAUUGUGUAUGAAUGAAUUAUUCUUGCCUUUCUCCACACACUGGCAAACAAGUCAAACAUUUGACCCUCCACCACACACUGACAAACAAGUCAAACAUUGGACCCUCCACCACACACUGACAAACAAGUCAAACAUUGGACCCUCCACCACACACUGACAAACAAGUCAAACAUUGGACCCUCCACCACACACUGACAAACAAGUCAAACAUUGGACCCUCCACCACACACUGACAACCAAGUCAAACAUUGGACCCUCCACCACACACUGACAACCAAGUCAAACAUUGGACCCUCCACCACACACUGACAAGUCAAACAUUGGACCCUCCACCACACACUGACAAGUUAAACAUUGGACCCUCCACCACACACUGACAAACAAGUCAAACAUUGGACCCUCCACCACACACUGACAAGUCAAACAUUGGACACUCCACCACACACUGACAAGUCAAACAUUGGACCCUCCACCACACACUGACAAACAAGUCAAACAUUGGACCCUCCACCACACACUGACAAACAAGUCAAACAUAGGACCCUCCACCACACACUGACAAGUCAAACAUUGGACCCUCCACCACACACUGACAAACAAGUCACACAUUGGACCCUCCACCAUGCACUGACUGAAAGUUUUGUUGUUGCUUGACAUGUGCAAUAAAAGAACUUUUUUUUUUUCAUGACAGAUUAAU